AUGAGCUUUCAAACAAUAAAAUUCUAUUUGAAAGGCUUCUUAGCUACCAAUAUAUUCUUUUUAAGCGCUGCUUAUGGCGUUUUUGCUUCGUCUUUUUUGUUCUUAAUAGGAAAGUCUCACUUGAGUCAAUAUACCACUGCCAGAUUUUUUUAUUAUUUGUUCAGCAAAGUGUUGGGUAUUGACAUAGUCGUUAGAAAUGAGCAGAUGUUGACUCAAAAUCUACCUGGAAUAUUAGUUUGCAAUCAUCAAUCUACUUUGGAUAUUUUAGUAUUAGGUAAAGUUUUACCCAAAGGGUGUACCGUCACCGCCAAAAAGUCUUUGAAAUAUAUUCCAUUUUUAGGAUGGUUUAUGGUAUUAUCUGGAACAUUUUUUCUUGAUAGAAAAAACAAAGAUAAAUCUAUAAAUACUUUAAAUAAUGCAGUAAAGAAUUUGGAAUCUAAAAAAAGAUCAUUGUGGUUAUUUCCUGAAGGCACAAGAUCAUAUUCUAAUACCCCUACUUUACUACCUUUUAAGAAAGGAGCCUUUCAUUUAGCUGUUGAUUCUCAAUUGCCCAUAUUUCCAGUUUCAGUCUCCAAUACUUCAAACAUUUUAAAUUUCAAGAAAAAGAUCUUCAAAAAGGGUACAGUUUAUAUUGAUAUCUUAGAUCCAAUUCCGACAAAGGGCUUGACUAAAAGUGAUGUUACUAAUCUAUGUGAAGAAUCAAGAAAUAAAAUGUUUGAAGAUAUUAAACAUUUAGGCUACUCAAAAACAAAGGGUUCCAAUGAAACUAAUAAUAGCGAUUUAAAUAAUCAAAUACCUCCAAAUGAGUCAAUAUCUGCUGAUAAUUCACCUAGUUCUUCCAGCUCUUCGACUUCUUUAAAAGUCAAUGCUACAGAAGUGACCCCGUUAAUACGAAACCAGAGAAUUUGGUAG